AUGGUGACGAAGAGGAAUCUUACCCUCACCGCCAGUGUUGCGGCCAGUGGCGCCGCCGCUAAAGCUUCAUCCAGCGCACCGAGAAAGAGCGCAUUGGAUGCCUCCGCCCCAGCUUCUGCGCCGCCCGCGCCGGAGACUUCCACGGCUGGACCUGUGCUUGGUGAUUGGCCAGCUUCCACAACAACCAAGCGUGACGAGAAGAGGGCUCGGAGCCUCGCUGCGGAGAAGGCGAAUGUGCAGUCCUCAAAGAGAUCAUCUGGCGGGUUCACUGACGAAGAUGAUCUAUUUGAUCUUGAUGAGUGCUUCAUAGAGCCCCCUCCAAAGAAGGCCAAGACAAGUUCUAGCAAGACAGUUCCGGCAGCUUCCGAAGCUUCGGCUCCCGCAACAACUCCAGCAGCUCAAGUUUCAACAGCUUCUUCCCUUUUUAAAGGGAAGGAGAUUCCUUUGACUGAUGUUACCACAACUUCUCCCCUUCCUGAAAAGCAUGAUCUUCGAACGGUCAUUUCCUCCCUGGAGGCUUUUGCCUCUCAAUUAACUUCACUCGAAGCUGACAAGGCUCGGCUUCAGAAGGAAAUUGAAUCUACUUCCUCAAAGCUUGACAAUGCGUAA